ACAGUGUUUAUGACACUGAAACAUUGUUAAACGCCAUUCUGUCGUGUUUUUUUGAAGUCAACCCUCAUUUUUUUCAGACAUUAUAACGGACCAGCCACUGAACGGAUCUCAAACGGUUGAAGAAAAUGAUUGACGGGCUUGUUUUGUUCUGUUUAUUUUUUUCUCCUCUGAUCGGCGCUGAGACGCAUGAGAUCGUGUCAGCGAUGGAGGGAGAGUCGUUCACUCUCCGAACUGGUUUCACUGAAAGACAGGGCGAUCAAGACAUCGAGUGGAGGUUUGGAUCGAGCAGGACUUUGUUAACCAGAAUAAAGUCAGGAAACAUCAUUACAUUCAGUCACACGGUAUUCAGAGACAGACUGCAGCUCGACAGACAGACUGGAGAUCUCACCAUCACAAACAUCAAUAAUGAACACACUGGAGUUUAUGAACUAAGUAUCGAUCUCGGACAGACAGAGUUGCAAAAAAAAUUCAUUGUCACUGUUUAUGCUCCUGUGCCUGUUCCUGUCAUCACCAGAUACUCUCCUCAGUGUUCAUCAUCAUCAUCAUCAUCACCAUCAUCAUCAGAGUUGAAAAGUGUGCUGUUGUGUUCAGUGGUGAAUGUGAGUCACGUGACUCUCUCCUGGUACAAAGGAAACAGUUUAUUGUCCAGCAUCAGUGAGUCUGAUUUCAGGAUCAGUCUCUCUCUUCCUCUGGAGGUGGAAUAUCAGGAUAUAAACACCUACAGCUGUGUGAUUAACAAUCCUGUCAGCACCCAGACCACACAUCUGGACAUCACUCAACUCUGUCAGACAUGUUCAGACUGUGACAAAUGGAGUCAAAAGGAGCUGUGAUCUGAUUGGUCGUCUCUGCUGUGGUGGACGUGACAUUUUAUGAUGCAGUGUUUCUUAAUCUUUUUUCUGCCAUGGCAUAGUUUAGAUAAGUAUCUCACAGCAUACCACUUAGCACAAAAAAAAA